GAAAUAUUCAUCCCCUCAUUACCAUCAGCUACAGAUAAUCAAGUUUUGGAGUAGCAGGGAGUACCAAGCUCAGAAUCCUGGGUUGGGGGUGUGCUUCACCUUGGAUGUUUAAUAUAUAAGACCUUCGAACAUCAGUUGAAUCGCUUCUUUCCAAAUCAGCAUCGAACUCCAUUUUCUCAUUCUUCAAAUCUCUCCGGAUAUCUUCAAAGAGACUCCAACAAGUCUUUGGACCUCUUUUAGUUUCUUCGGUACCCUCCAUAGAGAUCUUGAAGUUUCUUCAAAACUCCUGAACCUCUUCCGACAGACCGUGUUGAGCAACCCCAAUAUCAUUUUCACACCCUCCUCACAUCACCCACCGGCACCAUGUCCAAGACCGAUACCAAGGAACGUCUCGAGCAUCUCGAGGAUACAGGUUCUCCAAAUUCCAUCCACGAGAUCAACAUUGAUGAUCUCGACUCCAUCGAGCAGACCAAGACCGGCAAGUUUUCCUGGCUUGUCAGCAUCACUGCUGCCAUCGGCGGCAUGCUGUUUGGUUAUGACACUGGAAUAAUAUCUGCAGUUCUUGUGUACAUUAAUCAAGAUCUUGGCAAAACUCUUACUUCUCAGGAGAAAGAACUCAUUACCUCAAUCACCUCCGGUGGUGCUUUUCUGGGUGCCAUCUUUGCAGGAUGUUCUGCUGAUCGUUACGGCCGCAAGAUUGCUAUAUAUGUUGGCUGUGUCCUAUUCACUGUCGGUGCCAUCAUCCAGGCAACUUCAUUCUCGGUCGCUCAGAUGACCGUUGGCCGCCUAGUGGUAGGCUUCGGCGUGGGGUCAGCUGCGAUGAUCAUACCUUUAUAUAUCGCUGAAUGUUCACCAGCCAAGUAUCGAGGACGUAUGAUCGGUCUUGAUAAUAUGUCUAUCACUGGUGGUCAGCUUGUCUCCUACGGCAUUGGAGCCGCGUUCGCACACGUCUCAUCUGGCUGGCGAUACAUGGUAGGCGGUGGAGCCAUCCCUGCUAUCAUACUCGGCGCUCUCCUGCCUUUCUGCCCUGAAUCUCCUCGUCAACUUAUCUAUCACGGAAAGCCUGAAGAAGCAGCCGCAGUCAUCAGACGAAUCUUUCCCAAUGGUACCGAACAACAGGUCCAGGACAAGAUCCGCCAUAUCACAUACCACGUCAAUGAGGCCAAGUCUCUUAACGCUGGCAAGUCUCAAUGGUGGGUGUUCAAGCAGCUCUAUGUCAGCCCCGCAAACUUCCGAGCUCUCGUCUCUGCCUGCGGACUCAUGGCUAUCUCUCAGCUCAGCGGCUUCAAUUCUCUGAUGUACUACUCGCCUUUACUGUUCUCUCUUGUUGGUUUCUCCAAUCCGGUCGCUGUCGGUACCAUAAUUGCUGCCACCAACUUCAUUUUCACCUGGGUGAACCUCAUGCUUGUUGACCGUGCUGGUCGCCGAAGGAUUUUGAUCUGCACAGUUCCUUUCAUGGGUCUUGCUCUCAUCGUUGCUGCUGUGUGCUUCAAGUACAUCCCUAUUAACCAUGAUUUGUCUCUGGCAUCAGACGCUAAGAUUGGCUGGCCUGCUAUUGUGGUCCUUGUCAGCAUGGUUAUCUUUGUAGGUUUCUACUCUUCUGGUAUCGGCAACACUGCUUGGCUUUCAAGCGAGUUCUUCCCUAUGGAGGUUCGAGCUAUGGGAACUAUGAUGCUCACCAUGACCUGCUGGGGAUCCAACAUCAUUGUGUCUUCGACUUUCCUUACUCAAAUGGAGAACACUACCCCUUCUGGUGCUUUCGGUUUCUAUGCUGCCAUCUGUAUUCUCGGCUGGGUUUGCAUCUACUUCUGUUACCCUGAAGUCAAGGGCAUGACUCUUGAGGAUAUUCGAGAGAUCUUCCAGCACGGCUUCGGUGUUCAGCGAGCACGAGAAAUCCAGAAAGAGAUGAAACUUCUCAGGAAAUCUACUGCCUCUGAGGAGGUGGCCAAGGCUUAGUAAGCGGCUGGGAGGAAAUGUGGAAAGGCGUUUGUAUUUGAAAUCAUUUGGUGCUCGAGGGUACACAGAAGUUCUUCAGGGGCGGCUGAUUGGGAGGAUUCAUAGGCGUUUCGACACUAGAUAGGACACCCGAUGAGCCUAUUGGUAUCCUAAAGAACUUCGUAAGGCCCUAAACGGGUCUUCUAUAAGAUUUAGGAUGUGUUUAGGGAAUUUAUGAUGAUAUACAAUUGAAGCCUUGCGGAACCCAAAGGUUGGUGCUCAUUGCAGACUGUAAGUGAAGGCAUGCGAGCAAGACGAAUUUCGGGAAAAUACCUUCGUUUUAUCUACCACGCUUG